GUGGGUUAGGGAACAUUACACACAGCAUCACCCCCCAGCAGGUGGGUUAGGGAUGGGAACAUUACAUACAGCAUCACCCCCCAGCAGGAGAAAGCAAGUAUUGCCAAGUGCAUCACAGACCUGAAGGUUUUGGCUAAAGUCCAGCAGGCCAAGACUACUGCAUAACUCACCACUGUACUGUCUCUAGACCGUCGCCACUCAACCCCCAGCUCGUUGAUGGCCACUUUUCAUUACAAAUCAACUAUUUCCUCUUUAACGAUAUGGUCUGUCUCUUUCCAUGUAAUGAGUGUAUAUACACAUCGACUGAUCAUAAAAAUAAAAGGUUAAUUUUAUUCACUAACCUUCUAUUUUGUCGUUAUUAACCCGGGUGAAAAUGCUGUUGAUAAUAUAAGUUGGUUCAAAGCAGCAAUCUGGGAUUUGUUUCUUAGCAAAAUGGCAGCAAGUUGUUAUACCAGACACAGUUUGGACAGAUUCUUAAGCUGUACUGUAGGUGAUAUAAAACGGUUUAGGAAAUAUUGCAUAAGAGGUUUUACGCUUAUCUCACCACCUAUAAUCUCUUAUCAACAGAACGGCAAGGCAUUCCCAAACCUUUGGACUCAUAACGUACAAAACCUGCUUUCCAUCAAGCCUUUAAUGACCCUUAUAAAAGCUAGGGCCUGUGAUCCCAUAUGACGCCCUAUGUAAUGGGCCCUGGUCAUAAGUAGUGUACUAUAAUUUGUGUCCCAAACGACAUACUUUAUCUGUGGGGCUGGCCGUUCUCCGUCACUGCUGGGACCUGGUCAGGAGUGUGUAAUGUUAGCGAUGGGAAUGUGUUGGGACAGAUAUCACUACGUAAUACAGGACAGACACAAGCUCUGGUUAUGUUUCCGAUCAACGUGAAAUGUUCACCUCACUGAAUACACCCUUGCAGGCGGACUUUGACCUUGGCGUUGCCAAGCAGGAAGUCAAGGAUAAUAUUUGUCUCUUUUUUUUUGUACCUGCCGAUUGUGUCAGAUGCUUGUCUUGGAAUAUGUAUGCCACUAUUGGAUUAUAAGAGGCUUGCUCAUGGAACAGUGAACUCAAGAGGACACAGGCUACAUUCACAGAUUGGUGACGUCACGAUUCAAAAAAGAAAUAAAAAAUGUUCAGGAAUAAUAGCGUGCCGUUUCCCUCUCAACCAAGAGGGCUCCCUCAGGAGGGUCCCCUCUCUCAGAGGUCCAGUAUGACCAGACCCAGUGCCAAGUCCAUAUACAUGCAAAGGAAGGAGUAUUCUGAAACGAUGAACAAACAACCCGACAACUUUCAGUACAGGGUGGAGCACCUGUUUACGUGUGAGUUGGACGGCCAGGAGGUGCGCAACUUGGAUGAUUGUGUGACCAGGCUGCAUAGGCUGGAGGCUAAGGGCCGUGUCUGGGGGCAGGAGGUGAUCCUGGAGGUUCAGGGAGGAUACCUUCAGCUCAACGACAUCGAGACCAAGGCAGAGCUGGAGUAUGUGUCUCUGGGAAGUGUAGUUCAGACCAAGGCUGUGUUGGACACUUGUGCCUACAACUCCCUGCUCACUGUUAUGGUCCAGGAACGCAACAGACGCAUCCCUCAAGUCUUUAUGUUCCAGUGUGAGGAGAUUGGUGCAGAGCAUAUCAGAGAAGACCUGGACAGGGCUGUCCAACACAGUGCUAAUGCUCCUCCUCCUGAACCUCGCAGAGAACCAAGCAGACACCAGAGUAAUAUGGAGAACAUCAUCGGUCAACAGGCGAAUGGGAAUGGCUUCUGGCCCAUUGGUCCUGCUCCUCCCAUGAUGCUGCAGGAGAGGACCCCUCCUCCCCCUGACCGCACCGCCCCGGUGUACAACAACAGAAAUGGCAGGGACUAUGAGAGCUUCCCUCCCCCUCCAGUCUACAGCCCACUACAGGAGCCCCUGCACAGUCCGGAUGUAUACGGAGGGUUACAGCAGUACGGAGCUAGAGACCAAGAGCCUCGCCAACCCCAGCCUCAAUACACUGACACAGAGAGGAAUGUGGAAAUUUUAAACCAUGUGCUGAACGACUUGGAGCUCUUCAUGGGGAAAGUAGCUGCUCCUAAUGAAGAGAAGAACAACAAGAAGAAAAAGAAGAAGAAAAGCUCAAAGCCAAAUGCUGACAACUUGCCACAUUGGGAGGAGUUUGUCGUCUGUCUUCAGAAAAUCAAGUAUGGAUUCAACCUGCUGGGAAAGCUGAAUGGAGAGAUCCAGAAACACUAGGGUAAAGCUGACUUUGUCCACAUUCUCUUCUCCACUCUGGGCAUGUUGGUGUGCCACUACCCCCCUGACCUGCCCCCCUCUGUCCUGACCCCCUUGCUAACAGAGCCAGCACUCAUCUUGCUUAGCCAAGUGGUCACCCCAGAGGAGGACCAGAAAUGGAGGGCCCUGGGAGACUCCUGGAACAUCCCCAGGUCCAAAUGGCCAGACGGUCACAUGAUCCCGCCCUACAACCCAGAGUUCUAUGAUGGUUGGCAGCCGCCACAGCCUGUCCCACCGGCAGCCAAUCAGGGCCUGAGCAGGAGCAACAGCCAGCACAUCCCCCUGAGAAAGGAAAUGAUGCAACAGAUGCCUGAUGAGGGCAGGCAGUUGAGCAGGAGCAACAGCCAAUACAUGCAACGGCCUGAGGAGCCCAUGAUGAACUCUCCACCAUCUUUACGCCCGAGUGAGCUGGCCCCAGUGAGGAUGCGUGUGAUCUAUGACUUUAUGGCCAGGAACCCCCAGGAGCUGAGCAUUAUGAAGGGAGAGGUUGUCCAGGUCGUAGACAAGUCGGGGCAGUGGUGGAGGAUCCGUAAUGAACGUGGCGAGGAGGGUCACGUUGCUAAGAAUGUUCUAGAGCCUCUGGACGGGGGGAGACCCUGGGAUGAGGGCCAGGAGGUGCGCUCCCCUCCAACCCUCAACAUGCAGUCCAGACCUGCAGAGGUGAAAGCCUGGCUGGAAUACAAGGCCUUCUCCAAAAUAACGGUUCGUAGCCUGAGCGUGCUGAACGGAGCCCUGCUACUGGGGAUGUCCAAAGAUGAGAUGAGGACGGUGUGUCCAGAGGAAGGAGGAAGAGUCUUCUUCCAGCUGCAGGCCAUCAAGUCCUCCAUAGCCCUUGCCAGUGAGUCCAAUGGAUAUGGCCCUUAUAACGGUCGUUAGGCUGACUCGUCACAAGUAACAACCAAGAGCCGACUGAGGGAGAAGAAUAACUCAACUAUUUAACCUUUCAUUUAAUCAUAUAUUUUUUUUUGUCCAUUCAUAGACGGGUUGGUUGUUUAGCAACAAAGCCGAUGUGCGAGUAACUAUGUGUCAAAACACAGAUUGGUUUUGACUGUUGACAACAUGUAAACUGUAUUAUUUCUCUAAAUGUUUUAUUGAUUAUACAUAAAUAAAUUAGCACAAUCAGUACUUUUUUGUUUAGCUUUGAACUUCAAAGAUCAUUACAGACAUCUGAGCGCUCCCCUUUCUUUUGCUGGGGUAGUCACCGGGUAGUCACCGGGUAGUCACCGGGUAGUCACCGGGUAAUCACCGUGUAGUCACUGGGUAAUCACCGUGUAGUCACCGUGUAGUCACCGUGUGAGUCACCGUGUAGUCACCGUGUAGUCACCGGGUAGUCACCGGGUAGUCACCGUGUGAGUCACCGUGGAGUCACCGUGUAGUCACCGGGUAGUCACCGGGUAGUCACCGGGUAGUCACCGGCACCGUGUAGUCACCGUCACCGGGUAGUCACCGGGUAGUCACCGGGUAGUCACCUCAAAGUCAGUUCCACUCCUGCUUUUAGUCUCCCCCUCUAAUCAGGGACUGAUUUAGGCCUGAGACACCAGGUGGGUGCAAUUAUCAGGUAGAACAGAAAACCAGCACUACUCCGGACCUCCGGGUUCGGAUUUGAAUACCAGUACCCUUGCUUUAUUCUCUUUUGGACGAAUCAGAACCAUUGGUGUGGUGGAGUCUCAUUGACAGCGCAGUGAUUAUCCAAUAGAAGUGUGUCAUACCUUGUCACCAGGUUCCUAGGAACACUGAGAACUGCUUCAGUGUUCCCGGGGCAUUCUCUCUGUGUAGCCUGGCUUCAUCUUGUCCCGAGGGACAAUACAGGAGUGGAGUAAUACUCUGUACGAUCUAGGGUCACUCAGUAUCAGAGGAGUCUUUGGAAUGCCUCCCCCCAAAGAAUAUAGAAAGGUACAGUAGUGUUAUGAAACAGGUGAGUAGCACAAGGCCCCUAUAGCGUGUUGCAAACCCAGAUCAGCUGAUCAAAAGACAAACGUCCUGACCACAAUCCUAAUAAAGAUGUCCGGUGAGUAGAGAGAGUAAGGCGCCCAUCAAUUAAAGGAUAGAUUCUUUCAGAUCUCCGCAGAGCGGUUGUUUUGGCGAGGUGGAACUGUGUUAGAGUUGUCAAAUCCAAUCAGAUUCAAAUGUAAUUUGUCACAAGUGCCGAUUUGUCAGUUUUUAUACUGGAGCUUCACCGACUGGAGUGCUGUCAUGACGCUAGCCGUUUCAGUGAAUUGGCUAGUAGAGAUGUGAACAACCCCCCUCUCUCCUGUUAGGAGGGGGGCAAUUUUAAGACUUUACAACCACAUCGCAAAUUCCUUGCAGAGAUGCUUGUCUCCCUGACCAUGCAAUAUGGGAGAGAGAGGGUCACAGUAGAACAAAGGAACUCUCCUGCCAAAUUCUACCACAUCCCAGAAUUUGAGAAUUGAACAAUAUUCCUAUUCUGGAGAAUGUGGAAAUGGUCGGUGGAGAAGCCAGCUUCAACCCGAUCCAUUUUGUUUCAUGUUUGGGACCUCAUGAAAAACAAUAGUCACUUUUGUAUUGUAUAAAAUGAAUGAGUAAAAAUGAAACUAUUUGUGAAAUGAUGUAAUGUGAUAUUUAGUCUUCUAAAUGAGAGAAUUGUUUUCAUAAGUAAACUGGUGCUCACUCAGCGGCCACGCCCACGUGAAUAGACAUUGGUUGGAAAUGAUGAACCAACCCCUUUCCUACAUUUCUAUAAAAGCCCCCGUGAUGAAAAGUCACCUUAGUUCCAAAUAACGGGAGGACUUGUCCUCCAAGUUGAAAAGGGCUAAUUUCAACUAUACAGGCCAGGAAACGAGAGAGUUUGCUCCACACGUGAAAUGGUAUGAACUCUGAACUAUUGAUCACCUAAAGAAGAAGUGCAUACUAAACUAGAGUAUAUCAGACUGCAGCUGAACAUAUGCACAAAUCUAGUACGAGAACCGACGCGGACAAAUCUCCAGAGUGAGGUUAACCUUUUGGACCACGUGAACCUCUCACACAAAGGACAACGACGACAUUGACUGGGCACUCCAGAGCCUCACAUCACCAGCUCAACUAUCAAAGCCAGCUUCACGUAAAUGCAAUGCAUUACUUUUCUGAAUGAGCGAUCGUUAGUGGCAUAUGUAUUUAUGUGAGAAUAGCUUCCCAGGUCCAAUAGAGACCCAUGAUCCUUAGUCUUCCUUCCAAAACCCCUUUCUAUUCUCUCUGAAUCUAUUAUGUUAUAACUAAGCUGCUUUUGUUUAGUCCACUAGGGACGGUAUUUACUGUAUAAUGUUAUUAUGUAUUGUAUAUUCUGUAAUUGUUUAAUUAGUUAGUAAAUAAAUAAUUGAGGCAA